UACACUGAGAACAGUUUACACAUUUGUCACACUGCAAACAUGUGGAGUAUUCAGGCCUUGGUGGUGCAUCUGCUGCUGCUCGGUUCCAUACUGAGCAUCUACUUCCAAUCGACCAUCUUGUCGGAUCUCGAACCGCUGAGCACGCUGCGCGAAUUGGGUUUGGAACCGCCGGCGGAUCGAUUGGUAGUGUUCGUGGUCGAUGGACUGAGGGCGCAAUCCGUUUUGGCUGACCACUGCAGUGCAGUUCCUGACCUCCGGGAGCUGUUCGUUGAACAGGCAUUGGUUGGCAUCUCGCGGGCUUGCCCACCCACUGUAACUCGACCGGGUCACAUCGCCAUCUUUGGCGGUUUCAACGAAGAUCCUGCUGCAACGCUCACCUGGAAUCCGUCCACUUUUGAUAGCGUCUUCAAUAGGAGCAGGAACGCCAUAGGUUGGAUGCAGGCCGAAGUGGCCAAGGUAUUCACUCACCUGCCCACCGGCGGAGCUCCACUGCGUUUUGAAACCUUCGCCAGAUCGGACAUUUCGGACAGGCUCAGAUUGGAUCAGUGGACUUUUGACAAGGUGCGCAACUUCAUGACCAAUGAACAAAAUGUGCAGCCAUUGCGGGAUGCUACCUCGGUGAUCUUCUUUGUGUAUCUAGCCGAUAUCGACCUUGCCGAGCAUGUCCACAUGCCCAACAGUCUGAAUUUCCGGGAAAAGUUAAACUACACCCAACGUGGCAUUCGGCAGACCUAUGAACUCUUCGAAAGCGUUUUCAAUGACAGUCGCACCGCUUACCUGAUGACGGCGGAUUAUGGGAUAAGUCUGCACGGUGGUGGAGGUGAGCGCGGAGUGGAAACCCCGUUCAUCCUUUGGGGUGCUGGUGUUAAGCGCUCGGCGCCGAAUCCCGGCCAGAAUUUCACUGCCGGUGAAAAUGGUCCCAUCCUGCCAUUAUACCAGCUGGAACAAAUUCAGUUGGCGCCCCUUAUGUCCGCCCUUAUUGGCCUACCACCUCCAAUGAACAACAUGGCCCUGAUGCCUCUCGGAUUCCUGAAUACCAGCGUUCAGUACGAACUGCAGGUUCUCCACCUGAACGCGAUGCAGUUGCUGGCGCAGGCCAGGAUUCUGAUAAAGCGACAUGAGGACGGUAUACUUUAUCUGUUGCUGCCCAAAUUUGAAAGUCUGGGCUCGGCAGAGAUAGAAAACUAUCCGCAGAUAAUUAAGUAUCUGGUGGCCAAGGAACAGUACGAGGAGGCACUAAAGGUGAGCCAUAAAAUCGCCAAGUUGGCUCAGGAAUGCAUGGAGUACUACCAUGGGUACUAUCACCUGCCCCUGCUGGUGGCCACCACUGCCUCUUAUCUGGUUUGGUUUUACCUUCUGCUGGUGCGACUGGCACGGGAGUCAAAUCAUCCGAAAUCUGAGCGUAAGGGCUAUCUAACAUGGACCACUUUGAUGAUGUGCUUGGGAGGAUUGGUGCUCCUGGAGCUAAUGAUAUUGCAGAGGGUGCCCCACUUGACGGCCUUCUAUCUGCUUCUGCCCUUCGGAAUCCUCAUCUUGGCCCUGGCUGAACGUCCCUGUCAGGAUAGGGAUUUAAUGUGCCAGUUCCCAGUCCUUCACCUGGUUGGAAUCGUUAUGCCCGGUGUUCUACUAAUCUUGAUGGCCUUCCACAACAGUCACAUCGGGCUCCUCUACUUGCCGAUAGUGUGCCUCAACAAUCGUAGAGCCUUCUUUAGACCCUCCUUGAAGUUAAUUUUCUGGCUUGCACUUGUCUUCCUGCUGAGUGGAAUCCUGUUGGUCAAACAGAGCGCGAGCCUGCACUUCAUCACCGAUACCAUUGGAGUUUACAUUGGAAAUAGCCAUGUGGUCUACUUCAGCAUGAUCUUAUCCAUCAUUCGUCCUCUGAUCCUGGGGCAUCAGCACUCCACACGAGUUUGGAUCGUCAACAUGGCCGCUCUACUGGUUACAGCCUACGGAAUCUAUCAAUGGGAUGCGGAUCAGCCAGUCUGCACCUAUGUGUAUGCUGCAUGUUGGUCAUACCUUCUCUUCGCCUUCCUUUCAAUCCCAUAUAGUGGAACAAAGGAUCUUAGGCGACGCUUGGAACUGAUAAUCUUCAAUAUGCUGACGGUGCACAUAAUGCUGACCACUUCAAUCGGUUCGCUCUUUGUUCAGAUCAUGGUCACGGAGUUUGUGCUAGGACUGGAGCUCUACGAGGAGAGCUUCAGUUACGCAAAUCUUAAGGAUGCGAUUGCAAACCAGCAGCAGAACAACCAAGGAUUAGAGGAGUCUCGAAAUGAAAGUCCUAACAAUCCGCUGGAGCACGUAAGGCAAUCCUAUCGCUAUGCGGCACUGAUACUCCUGUACCUCUAUAUAUCCUUUUUUGGAACUGGCCACUGGUUCUUUAACUUUACAUUCAAACCCAUGACAUCGCGACUUUUCUUUCCACAAUUCCAUCUGCACAUGCUUGUGGCCUUUAUCCUGCUAAAGAUAUUCAUUCCAUCAAUCAUUGUCAUGUCGAGCAUAUACGCAUUGGUAUCCUUUGGCCGAAAGAAUGUCCGGUCUAUCUUCAUCUGCCUGUUCCUGAUGAACGACGCCAUGAGCUUGUACUUCUGCUACUUUGUGAUCAAUCGUGGUUCCUUGGAGAAGGUGCGAGAAUCGUUAGACCGCCUCCUGGUAUCCCAUGUCUUUAUCAUUCUGCUGCUUGUGUGCUCCUGGAUAGCCAAGGGUUUCCUGGCCAACACGAAGAAGGACAAACCUACACCGAGAGCACCAGUCCAGGCUGUUACCAAUAAUGCCAACUUAGCUCAGGACAGUCAGGCUUAGAUCGGUCCGGAUUAUGUGCCAGAAUAUCAAUUUGCAUUUCUAUCUUAGCUGAAAUAUGCUGGCCCUGUAUCAAUGAUACACCUAUAACUCCACAAUAAAAUAAUAUUUUUAUACCAGUAU